UAGCGGCAGCGGCGGCGGCGACGGCUCCCGCUCGGCGGAGAGGGGCGGAGAAGGGAGAAGCGGGGGGCCCGGGGCCGCGGCCAUGCUGCGCGGAAUGGCGGCCGCCGCCCGGCGGGGCUGGCGCGGGGCCGUGCCGGCGACAUGGCGGCGGGGCCGCUGCUGCUGCGGGCCGACGGGGCGGCGGCGCUGGGUGCCUCCGGCGGGCAGCCCCAGCGGGGUGGUGGCGUACAACAGCCGCAGCCGGAGCAAGGAGCCGCUGGUGCUGGCCCGGGACGGAGUGGCCACCUGGUAGCGGCGGGUGCGGGGUGCCCCGGGGCCCGGCCGCCGUCCCCCCGGGGGCUGACGGGCGCCGUUUGCCUCCUGUGUCUCCGCAGGUACAGCUGCGGGCCCACCGUGUACGACCGGGCGCACCUCGGGCACGCCUGCUCCUAUGUUAGGUUUGAUAUAAUCCGAAGGAUAAUGACUCAUUUUUUUGAAACUGACGUUAUCAUGGUGAUGGGGAUUACAGACAUAGAUGACAAGAUAAUAAAAAGAGCCAAUGAGAUGAAUAUAUCGCCAGUAGCUCUUGCUCGCAUUUAUGAAGAAGACUUUAAGCAAGAUAUGGCUGCCUUAAAGGUCCUUCCCCCUACAGUAUAUAUGAGAGUGACUGAAAACAUUCCUCAGAUAAUUUCCUUCAUAAAAACAAUAAUUGCUAACGGACAGGCUUAUGCAACCUCGCAAGGCAAUGUUUAUUUCGACGUUAAGUCUUGGGGGGAAAGAUACGGAGUAUUAACUGCUAUUAGUCCUGAUACACAAGAUGAAGCAGUUGAUACUGAUAAACGCUAUGGUAAAGAUUUUGCGCUGUGGAAAGCUGCCAAACCUCAAGAGCUAUCUUGGACUUCUCCCUGGGGAAAAGGAAGACCUGGAUGGCACAUCGAGUGCUCCACGAUAUCAAGCGCAGUGUUUGGAAAGCAACUGGACAUCCAUUCUGGGGGAAUAGAUCUUGCGUUUCCUCAUCAUGAAAAUGAAAUUGCGCAGUGCGAGGUGUAUCAUCAGUGCGAGCAGUGGGGGAAUUAUUUUUUGCAUUCUGGGCAUUUGCACAUUAAAGGAAGUCAAGAAAAAAUGUCCAAGUCAUUAAAAAACUACAUAACAAUUAAGGAUUUUCUGAAGAAAUUUUCAUCGGAUCAAUUCAGGAUGUUUUGUCUGCGCAGCAGGUACAGCUCAGCGGUAGAAUUCAGUGACGAGACCAUGAAUGAUGCAAAGCACCUUCUCCAGGCAAUCUCCUCGUUUAUUAGAGAUGCAAAUGCUUAUAUGAAAGGACAGCUGGUAUGUGACCCUGUUAGAGAAGACAUACUGUGGGAAAGGCUAGCCAACACAAAAGUAAACGUGAAGGCUGCAUUUGCAGAUGACUUUGACACCUCCAGGGCUGUUGCAGCAAUUAUGGACCUCGUUCACCAUGGCAACAGACAGCUUAAGGCUGUUACUAAGGAUGGCGGAUCUUCCAGAAGCUCUGUUGUGUAUGGAAGCAUUAUUUCCUAUAUAGAAGGCUUUUUUAAUGCCCUUGGGAUGUCCUUUGAAGAAAGACAGGUUGCUGUGGGAGGAGGAAACUCAGCUCUGCUCUCCAACGUGAUGGAUGAGCUCGUAAGCUUCCGCACAAAGGUCCGUAAUUACGCUCUUGCUGUGCCAGAAGCAACAGACACCGUGCAAAUAGAGGAAGGUGCCACGGGAUCAAAAGGACCAAAACAAGAACAGAAGGAAAAGAGACAGAAGCUAAUGCAGGAGAGAAAACCUCUCCUGGAGGCUUGUGACAGUCUGCGUGGAGACCUUGCUGCCUUUGGAAUCCACAUCAAGGACAGAAGUGCUGUUUCAACCUGGGAAAUUGUGGAAGGUGGACAAGUGGAGCAGCAGACCGAGAAAAAAAGCUGAACCGUCAUCACUGGACUUGGUUUUGAUUGCAGCUGCUCGGUGUUGUAAAUACCAGUAGUAUCCAAAUAAAAUCUUUGGAACAAAA